AUGAUAGGUGGUAAGUAUUUAAAUAUAAAAAUUUUUGGAGAGAAACGUAAUUCAUUAGGUAGCAAUAAAACUUCAGAUAAUACGUUAAAUAAUAAUAAUGUAAAUUAUAUAAAAAGGAAAAAAAAUAAUAAUAAGAAAGAUCAAGAAAACAAAUAUAAUGAUAAUAAUUAUGAAGAAGAAUAUAUAAAGAAAAGAAAAUCAAAAUCAAAAUCAAAACCAGGGCCAGGACCAGGAUCAUUAUUUAAUAAUAUAGACAAAAGUAAAAUUUAUCGAGAUAAAAAAAUUAUACAUGAAGGAUGGUUAAAUAAAUGGACUAAUAUUAUUGGAAGUUAUAGACCUAGAUAUUUUAUUUUAGAAAAUGGAUUAUUAAGAUAUUCACUUGAUAAAUAUUCUCCUACGAAAGAAUCUUUUGUAUUAACACAUUGUAAAAUUAAAGUAUGUCCAGAUGAUCAAUUACAUUUUGAAAUCGAUACAAACGAACAAGGUGUGUUAUAUUUAAAAGCAAACUCACCAGAAGAUAAACAUAAAUGGUAUAUCUCUUUUAAAAAAGCACAACUAAAUUAUAUUAAUGGUAAUAAUUAUAAAAACAAAAAUGGACAUUAUAAUAUCCCUGAUGCAGUACAAGUAUUUAAUAUGUCUAAUAAUUCCUUGUUUUUAAAAAAUAUUAUUAAAAAUUCAUCCAAAUGUAUUAAAAGGGAAGAUCAACAUUUUAAUGAUCCUAGAAAGAACACUAACAAUCAAACAGAAAAGGAGUUGUCCAAUAAUAAUAAAGAAAUAAUAAAAAAAGAAAAAAACGUAGAUUGUAUAGUUCAUAAAAUUCAGGAAAAUGUAAAAGGGGACGAACCUAAUAAUAUUGUAAAAAAUGUGAUAUACGAAAGGAAUGAUAAAGAUGUACCAUAUGAAAGAAAAGAUAUAUGUAUGUCACAUGAUAAAAAUUAUAAAAGUCUUUUAUAUACUGACAAUAAUAAUAUGUUAUCAUAUAGUCAGGUAAAUAAAAAUCAAAAUAUUAAUUAUAAAUCAAAUGAAUAUAUUUUUUAUAAAGAUGAUAAUGUUGAAAGAUUAUCAUCAUCAUCAUCCACCUUGGAUACACCUGAAGUUAUUAAAAAAAUGAAUAGUUAUAAUAAAAAAUAUAAUCUAGAAGAUAUAUUUAUUAGCUCAACUGAUUUUGAAGAUAAAAAUCCAACCUUAUGUUUAAUGAAGAAUAUAAUAUCUCUCAAAGAAAUGACAACGGAUGUAUUAAAGAGUGCUGAGUAUUAUCAAGCAAGAUCUAUAUUAAAGAAAAAAGUAAAAAAUAAUAUUAAAAAGGGUGUUCAUGAUGAUGUUAAUAAUAAUACUAAUGGUGAUGUUAAUAAUGAUAUUAAUGGUGAUAUUAAUAAUAAUAUUAAUGGUGAUGUUAAUAAUGAUAUUAUUGGUGAUGUUAAUAAUGAUAUUAUUGGUGAUGUUAAUAAUAAUAUUAAUGGUGAUGUUAAUAAUAAUAUUAAUGGUGAUGUUAAUAAUAAUAUUAAUGGUGAUGUUAAUAAUAAUAUUAAUGGUGAUGUUAAUAAUAAUAUUAAUGGUGAUGUUAAUAAUAAUAUUAUUGGUGAUAUUAAUGAUUAUGUUAAUGAUUAUGUUAAUGAUUAUGUUAAUAACAAUUUUAAUAAUGGUAAUAAUUUACAAAUAAAAAGUGAUGAAUUACUUUCCUUAUUAUCACAACUAUGUUUUUCCAUACAAUAUGCUCAUAUUAUUAUAGAGAAAUAUAUACAAUGUACAGAAUUAUUAUUAAAGGAAGAAUCCAUACAUUCAAAAUGUAUGAAUCAGUCAUUAAAACUUUUGGCCAAACAAAAUUAUUAUCUUGAAAAAUCCCAAGAAAUUAAUAAUCUUACUCACUUGGAAGAAGAAAUAAAAGAUAAAUUAAAACACUUUCAACUUUAUCAAUGUGCUGCUUUAAGUGAAGAAGACGAAGAAGAAGAAGAUAAAGAAAUAUAUAAUUCACAAAAACAAAAACAAAAAAAACAACAAAAAAAACAACAAAAAAAACAACAACAAGAGGAUUUAUUUUACGAUUGUGAUGAAUUUGUUUAUGAUAAAAAUAUAUCAUCAAAUGAUAUUUUUGAAGACGAAUCCAAAAACUCUAUGAGCCUAUAUAGUAGUGAGGGAGAUAAAAAUGAAAACUCAGAUAAAAUAAAAAAGAUUCAUAAUACAAAUAACAUACCAGAUCAAAAUCUUACCUAUAAUAAGGAACACAUGUUAACAACACAUAGUACUAGUAAUAAUAAAGAUGAAAAGAUGAAUGCUCAUAUAGAUGAACAUUAUUAUAAUUAUAUUAAUAGUGAUCAGGAAAAUGAAAAAACAUUUUCACAUCAAACAUCAGAGCAAAGAGAUUUAAUUAUAAAAACAAAAUCUAGUGAUCAUGAUGAUAAUAUGACUACUAUUGAAGAGGAUUGUACAACAGAUGUUUUUUUGAAAACAAUUUUGAAUCAUAAACAUCUUAAUGAAACCAAAAGGAAUACGGUGAGUACGGAGGAUGAUAUUGCUCUUGGCGAUGUGAGGAACAGUUUAAUAACAUGCGAUGUUUAUAAAAAGGAUCAUUUUGUGUGUGAUGACAGUGUGGAAGAUAAGGAUAUAAUACGCAAACGAAUGGGGAUUGAAGAUGAUCAUGACAAUAAUAAUAAUAACAACAACAAUAAUGAUAAUAAUAAUAACAACAAUAAUGAUAAUAAUAAUAAUAAUAACAACAAUAAUAAUAAUAAUAAUAAGAAGAAGAAUAAUAUUUAUGUAAGGGACACGAGUAAGAAUAAAACAAUAUAUAGAGAUAAUCACAAAUGUGAUAUAACCCCUUGUGACAAUCAUUUAUAUGACAACAAUAAUUUAGAUAAUCAUUUGAAAAGUAUUAAUUUUUCACUUAUCCCUUUGUGUAAUUCUAAAAAUAUAAAAGCAUUAAAUUUUAAAGAUAUCGAAAUAUAUACCGAUAAAAGUAUUAAGAGAAGAAAAAAAUUGCCGAGUCCUAGAACUGAAAUAAAAAUUAGUAUGUGGUCCCUUUUAAAAGAUUGCAUAGGAAAGGAUUUAUCUCGUAUUGGUAUGCCUAUAUAUUUAAAUGAACCUUCUUCAUUUCUUCAAAGAUUAGCUGAAGACUUCCAAUAUAUAUAUUUAUUAAAAUAUGCGUCAAGGGAAAAAGAAAGCACAAGUAGAUUAGCUUUUGUAACAGCAUUUACUAUAUCACCGUACGCUUCAGUCAUAGGUAGAACAUAUAAACCGUUUAAUCCGUUGCUUGGAGAAACAUAUGAAUUGACACAUAGAAAGUUUCGUUUUAUAUCGGAGCAGGUGGUUCAUCACCCUCCUAUAACAGCAUAUCAUUGUCAUAAUGAAUAUAUGGAAAAUUAUGCAAGUAUAAUGGCUAAUGUUCAUAUAUUGGGAAAAUCCGUUGAGGUCACUAUGCCUGGAUCAAGUCAUCUGAUUCUUAAGUACAAGAAAACAAUGAUGUCUGAAAAUAAAAUGGAAAACAAAAUGGAAAACAAAAUGGAAAACAAAAUGGAAGACAAAAUGGAAAACAAAAUAAAUAAUAAUAUUCAUAAUAAUCAGGUGAAGAAGGGAAAUACAGAAUCAAAAAUGAUUAAUAAUUAUAAUUUUUGUGGAAAAAAGAAACAUACAGAUGAUACAUAUAUACACACAGAUGGAAUAUCUAAUGAUAUAAAUUUAAAAAAUGAUAAAUGCGAACAAAUUGAAAAUGAAUUAUUAAAUGGUAAUAUGAAAAGUGAGGAGAAGGGAAAUAAUUGUAUGUCCCCUAUAAGGAAAGAAUUUUAUAAGGACAAAGGAACGUGUAAGAACACAAAAGAUGGUGAUAAUAAUGAUGGUGAUAAUAAUGAUGAUGAUAAUAAUGAUGAUGAUAAUAAUGAUGGUGAUAAUAAUGAUGAUGAUAAUAAUGAUGAUAAUAAUAAUAAUGGUCAUAAUAAUGAUGAUAAUAAUAAUAAUGGUCAUAAUAAUGAUGAUAAUAAUAAUAAUGGUCAUAAUAAUGAUGAUAAUAAUAAUAAUGGUCAUAAUAAUGAUGAUGAUUAUAAUGAUGACCAUUUAUUAUAUGAUAAAGAACACUACACAUAUGAAAGAGCAAAUAUGAUUAUCCACAAUGUAAUAUUUGGAAAGCUGUGGGUUGAACUACACGGGAAUAUAUUAAUACGUAAUCAUAAUAAUGGGGACUUUUCAAUCGUUAAAUAUAUAAGAAAAGGAUGGUUUGAAAAAGAAAUUCAUAAUGUUAGAGGUGUUGUUUGUGAUAGAUAUAAAAACAUAAUUUUUUUUAUUUAUGGGAAAUGGUCACAAGAAAUAUAUAUUGCAUAUGUAAAAGAUAUGAAGAAAUUAGAAUAUGAUAAUUAUUUUUUUAAUGAAGAUGGUAGUGAAAAUAUUUAUCAUUAUAAUAAAAAUACAUUAAAUGAAUUUAUUAAUACUAUUGAUUGGCAACUAUAUGAAAAUAAUAUAGGAAAUUUAAAUUCUAUAUGUGUAUGGAAAGCACAUAAAAGACCUCACAACUCAGAACAAUAUUAUGGUUUCAAUUAUAUGACUGUUGAAUUAAACGAAAUAACAAAAGAAUAUGAUAAAGAUAAAGGAGCAGCUAUCGCCUGUACAGAUAGUAGAUUUAGACCAGAUCAAAGGUAUUAUGAAAAUGGUAAUAUAGAGGUUGCUAUGAGUGAAAAACAAAGAUUAGAAAAUAAACAAAGACAAAACGCAAAAAAAUUUAAUAAUACAAAUAAAUAUGAACCAAAAUGGUUCUACAAACAUAAAGAUCCUAUAUUUAAUGAUAGAGAUAUCUAUUUGUUUAAUAAUAAAUAUUGGAUAACCAAAGAUAAAAAUCAAUUCUCCGAUACACCCGAUAUAUUUUAA